AUGGACAGAGUCGAGUCAAUUACGACCGCGUCCGAGCCUGAGGGCGCCUCUCCCGGAUUGUCGAUCCCGCAGCUUCCUGUGGAUGUCUGUGAACAAAUCAUCGGCCACAUAGCAACAAGAGUGGACCUCGGUUACCGUUUUAUGAGUGGCGAGCCACAUCUGCCCACUCUCACAUCCUGCGCGCUCGUAUGCCAAGACUGGUACUACCUGACAUGGUACCAUCUGCGCCAACGCAUCUAUCUACGAGGCCGGAAUGAUGUCCUCUCGCUUUCCAAGACACUCCGCGCAAAACCUCGCCUCCAUGAGGUCAUUCAACAGGUCAUCAUAUCUGGCGCUUCCCCCGGGGAGCGUCAACCGAUCCGGCACCUGGGGACGUUUGCUGCUAUGCUCGCGGGCAAGGCUCCGAGGCUGUUGUGGAUCACCAUCGAAGAUGCUGAAUGGACUAUCGGCUCGGUCCGAAUGGAGGAUAUCGGUUUCCUGGGCGUGUUCAGCUACAUCGACAGUUUACACCUCUCCAACGUCACCUUGUCGAGCGUCGCCCAGCUGUCUCACCUUGUUUCAGCGCUCCCAAGGCUCAGGAAUUUGAAAUGCUUCAAUGUCAGCUGCUUGCAGAAACAGCAAGUCUCCUCGGCCUCCCUCCCCCUGAACUGUGCAAAUUUGGUGGAUCUCGAACUGCGAUGGGUUGCACCAGCAGUCGAAGACCUUUUCGUGCAUAUCAGCCGGGCUUCUCGAGUGCGCAAUCUCGUUCAUGGGGUGGACGUCGGGUUUGAUCCAUCCUCGGCAGUCAGCAGAAGCCAGACUUUGCUGGACGCAAGUUCCACGUCUGCAGAAGCGGUUGAGCUCCAUUUGUAUCUCAGUUCUUCUGCUCGUGAUGGUGGUGCAAUCGAUGCCACAGUCGGAAAGUUUUCUUAG